CUACUUUUCAGCCCAGAUCAACCGAACAAUCAAUGCUAGAAUGGACGGGGCCGGACGAUCCGGACUGUCCUCAUAACUGGCCCAUGUGGAAGCGCCUCUACAUGACCAGCAUCCCUGCAUUGCUCUGCGUCAACGUAUCUUUUGCCUCGUCCGUGUAUACCUCCGGAGCCGACGACGUCGCCCAGAAAUUCGGCGUCUCCCACACAGCAGCCUUGCUUGGGCUGUCCCUGUUCCUGUGGGCUCUCGGCCUCGGGGCGAUCAUCGCGGCACCCGUCAGUGAGUAUUACGGCCGCAGGAUUGUGUAUCUCACGACUGUGCCAAUCUUUGGGCUGUUCAUUCUCGGCUCCGGUCUCGCUCACAACUUUUCGACCCUGUUGGCAUGUCGUUUUCUUGCUGGGUUCUUCGGAAGCGCCGUCGUUUCGGUUGGCGGAGGCACCAAUGCGGAUAUCUGGCCGCCUAAACUCGCCGGGCUGGUAUAUCCAUUCUACUUUGUUUCGCCUUUCCUUGGACCUGCGUUUGGGCCGGUUAUUGGCGGUUACCUGAGUGAGGCUAAGGGCUUUCGAUGGCUUGAGUGGGUAAUACUAUUCAUGGUUGCAUUCAACUACCUCUACGCUCUGCCUCAGUUCGAGACCUACAAGAAGACGAUUCUCCAGAAGCGCAUGCGGGCGGAAAAGCAGCCCCAAGAUACCCAAGCACAUACCGCAAAGUCCGCACUGCCCUCAAGCGCCCUGGUCCAGCGCAUCGUCCUCAAACCAUUCAAGAUGCUCUUCGUCGAGUCCAUCGUCCUCUUCAUGACCAUCUACAUGGCCUUCAACUUCGCCGUCUUCUACAGCUUCUUCGCCGCCUUCCCUUACAUAUUCGGAGGGCACUACGGCUUCACGCCCGGCCAGCAAGGCCUCACCUUCAUAUCCAUCGCCCUCGGCUGUGUCCUGGGCUUCCUUGCGGUGGUGUACAUAGACCGCCGCACGUACCCUGCGCUGGAAGCCAAGUACGGCGUCGGCAUGGUACCCCCCGAGUAUCGCCUCUACGGGGCGAUGGCCGGCUGCGCGCUCAACCCGGCCAGCCUGUUCUGGUUCGGGUGGUGCGCCGACAAGGGGGUCUUCUGGGCGAGCCCCGUGGUGGCGGCCGUGCCGUUCGCGGUCGGCAACAUUAUGAUCUACAGCAGCGGCGCGUUGUACAUCAUGAACUCGUACGGGUCGCUGCACGGCGCGAGCGCGCUCAGUGCGAACAGUCUGCUGAGGUAUGCUGCAGGGGGUUCGUUCCCGCUGUUUACCGUUCAGAUGUUCUCGUCCAUGGGGAUCGGGUGGGCGAGCAGUCUGCUCGGCUUUGUGUCGGUGGCCUUGGUGCCGGUGCCUUGGGUCUUGUACAAAUAUGGCCACAGGAUCAGGGCGCAUAGUCAGUAUAUCACGAUAAAGGAAGUUGUCUUGGCUGAGGCAACAUCGGAUGAGGAGAUUGGUGGGGUGAGACAGUCAAAAUGA